AUGUUAAUCUGCCUUGGAAUAGGUGUGGCAAGUACAGAAGAUACGUCGUUUUUUGUGCCUUCACCGACAAAUCCCGAAGAUGGUGGCCUUCUUGAAGAACUCUGCGAAACACUUAUAUUAACUAUUGUGAUGGUUUUAUGGAAAGGCAUUGUCGGUUCUGAUGACGAAGCUUGGACUAGUCGCGGUCAAAUUUUUUCAGCACUUCGUUAUCUUCAUCGUGAUCAUGAAUUUUAUUUACCAUUGGUUUAUAUUGAACGGCGAAUACUGGAAUUAUGCAUGGAAACAUGUUUGAACGACCUGAAAAUAAAUGGAGGUAAAACAACAUCAACUUAUGAGAAUAAUUGCCGUGAAUUAAUCAAAAUUGUUGAUGAUUUUAUUUCGCAAACAACUGAAAUAAAUGAGCGAAUAACAGAUAACUUUAUUAAUGGAAUUCUUCCUAUAUUAGAUACGAUGCUUAUCUUUGAAGAAAAUGGUACUGGUGAUCAAACAGUAGCAACACUUGUUUCUCAUAAUGAGCAUUGGACUGAGACAUCAUUAACUGGUCUUAAUAUUCUUUUAAAUCUUCUUGCUCAUCCCAAUGUAUUAUUCUGUGGUCCGGCAUCUGUCCGUAUACAUUCGUUAUUACAUAGUCGUCCCUUGAAUGGACGUGAAGAAGCAGCAUAUUUAUUAUCAAAUGUAAAUAAAAUCUUUUCAUCCAUUGCACAAAAUGAAGAUUGUGAACAUUUUACUUAUUUAUUACCAUUAAUGAAAACAAUUAUUGAUAAAUCAUAUGAAAUUCUUCAAAUGAAUGUACAAAUACCAAAUGUACCAUUACAUAAAGCAACAUCAACAGCAUUAGAUGAUUUUCGUCGAUAUUGUUCAUCGCCCGAUAGUCAAGAAUGGCAAAUGUUUAUUCAACGACAUAUUGAACCACUUGCUGAACAUUAUCGGUCGAUGUCUAUAAGACCUUUUCAUAUGAAUAUGAAAAUAUGGUGGAAUAAUUGUCAUGAAAUGAUGAUGAUUGGUAUACAUAAACGAAAUAGACAAAUUGGUGAAGAGAAAUUAAAAUUUCAAAGUCACAUUGUCCAGCAAUGGUCUAUUCGUCGUCGUAAUGAGCAGCAGCGUAAUUUAAAAUUAGCUAAACAACGUCGUAUACAUCAAACACAUGUUGAACAAGAAUGGAAAGAUCGAGGAAAAUAUAUUCAUGGUGAACGUGGUCCAUGGUGGAAUGAAAACGACAGUAAAGAACAUCAUUGGAUGUUAUCUGAUCGUGAAAAUAUUCAUCGUAUGAGAUGUAAACUUAUAGAAAAUAAUGAUUUUAACACACAUGAGGAAGCCAGCCGAUUGAGAGAUAACUUAGGUAUUGAUUCAAUAGCUGAAUCACGUAAAUCAUUACUUGAAGAAAGUUUAAAAAAUAAAAAUUUAUCAAUUCAACAAGAAAUUUUAUAUGGAAAUUCCAUGGAUGAACAAGAGCUUUUAGCUGUUUCAAAUGAAACUCAAUCGUUAUUACUUGAAGAAAAAGAAAAAAUGAUUAUUGGUACACCAUGCUCAUUAAUAACUUCAACAUUCGUUACAGAGGGUAAACUUGAAAUAACCAAUCGAUAUAUUUACUUUUUUGAUUCAACACCGCAAAAAGCAUGUCAAAAUGAUUUCAAAUAUCCAUUAUCAUGGUUACAAGAUGUACAGUUACGUCGAUAUAAUUUACGUCCAUCAGCAUUAGAAUUUUUUCUUCUAAAUCAAACAAAUUUUUUAGUUAAUUUUGAUAAAAAAUUACGACGACAAAUUUAUCAAAAAAUUAUGUCAUUAAAGUUGCCUGGGAUGAAGAGUGUGUUUUCAAAUCUAUCGAUGUCAAUGACACCGCAAGGAAUUCUUAAAGAAUCAAAAUUAACUGAAAAAUGGGUUACACGAGAAAUAUCAAAUUUUGAUUAUUUAAUGAUGUUAAAUGCAAUUGCAGGACGAACUUUUAAUGAUCUCAAUCAAUAUCCUAUUUUUCCUUGGAUAUUGAAAGAUUAUACUUCAGAUGUGUUGAAUAUUAAUGAUCCAAAUAUUUUUCGCGAUUUUUCUAAACCAAUUGGCAUACAAAAUCCGAAACAUAUUGAAGAUGUUAGACUUAAAUAUGAAUCAUUUGAUGAUCCAACUGGUUUAAUGAAAAAAUUUCAUUAUGGUACACAUUAUUCAAAUGCUGCUAGUGUGAUGCAUUAUCUUAUUCGAAUGGAACCUUUUACUACCUUGCAUAUUCAAUUACAAAGUGGAAAAUUUGAUAUCGCGGAUCGUCAAUUUCAUUCUUUUCAAUCGGCAUGGUUAAAUAUAAUGGAUUCUCCCAAUGAAGUGAAAGAAUUGAUUCCAGAAUUUUUCUACUUAUCAGAAUUUCUUGUGAAUUCAAACAAAUUCGAUUUAGGUAAACUUCAAAUAAGUAAUCAAAUAUUAAAUGAUGUCCAAUUGCCACCAUGGGCUCACAAUUCUCCCGAAGAAUUUAUUCAUACUCAUCGUUUAGCACUUGAGUCUGAUUAUGUUUCAACUCAUCUACAUGAAUGGAUUGAUCUUAUAUUUGGUUAUAAACAGACAGGUCAAGCUGCUAUUGAUGCUGUUAAUGUAUUUAUGUAUUGUUCAUAUGAAAAAGCUGUGGAUGUUGAUGCAAUUGAGGAUCCAGUUACACGUGAAGCCAUUGAAGGUAUGAUACAAAAUUUUGGACAAAUUCCAUCUCAACUUCUAACGGAACCACAUCCACGAAGACAAACACAUGAGCAGGCAGCAUUUGAGAUUGAAUCUCAAGGACGUGCAUUAAAUGUAUUCCAAAACUUGACUCAUAUACGAGCAUUUUUUGUUGAAAUAACACCGGAAAAUGAUAAAUUAUGUGAUCCAAUAACAUUUAUUUCAAUACCGAAAAAUCAAGUUCGCUCAUUUAUGCAACAAGGUAUUCCUGAUACAUUGGUUACUGUGAGUGUAAGUGGCGCUGUUGGAAAUAAUGGUUGGCAACCAUAUGAUAAAUCUUUAAGUAAUUUUUUUACAUUUGAGCGAGAUCCAACAUUACAAACUGAACGAAAUCGACAUAUCAUUGCUGCUCCGUUUUUCCCAUCACUAGAAAUAAAUUCCCGUUUAUUUGCUGUUUCUCAUGAUGCACAAUUUGUAUUCAGUGGUGGUCAUUGGGAUUGGUCAUUACGUGUUUAUUCAUUAAUUAAAUCAAAAAUGAUAAGUUCAUUAAUUCAUCAUAGUGAUAUCAUAACAUGUUUAACAUUGGAUUCAACUGGAUCUAUUCUGGUAACUGGUUCACGUGAUACAACUUGUGUUGUUUGGAAUAUAUCUUCCAAUGAUAGCCGUAAUUCAAAUAAUAUAAAUGAUCAAGAAUCUAGUUCAUUUAUUUCACCUGCUGUUACUCUCUAUGGUCAUACGUCAACAAUAACAUGUGUCCAUGUAUCAACCGAACUUGAUCUUGUUGUCUCGGGUUCAUUAGAUGGUACUUGUAAUAUGCAUACAGUUGAACAUGGAGUUUAUGUUCGAACAUUGCGGCCUAUUGGUGAUCCCAUUAUUAAUAUACAAUUAUCCACUGAAAGACAUAUACUUAUUCAAACAGAAAAAGAUGAUACAAAUUUAUUUCUAUAUUCAAUAAAUGGUGGCUUUAUUCGAAAAAGAAAACUAGAUUAUCAUGUUAUUGAUAUGAUUUUAAGUGAAAAACACAUUGUACUUGCUGUUAAUCAUGUAACAUCAUCACCACAGACAAAUCAAAAGUUGAAUAAAAAAUCAGCAAGUGUAGUAGCUGCAAGAAUUAUUAUCAAAGAUAUGUUUGAAAUGAAAACAAUUCAAACAAUUCGUCUUCAUACACAUAUCAAUUGUCUUUACUUUACAAAAGAUUUCAGUCACUUACUUGCUGGUGUUAAAGAUGGAAAAUUAAUUGUAUUAACAGCUGAAAAAAAAGCUUUGGCAAGAAAUGUUAUUAAAAAUCUUUAA